AUGGUGUCGAGGCGCUGUGGCCCCGCGGCGGCUGGCGCCUGUCAGAGCCGUCGAGGGGGCGGCCUCUGGGAGUUGGUGUGCCGCGGGGCGGAGGGACGAGGAGAGCCGGGGACCCCCGAGUCAGGGUCCCCUCAGGACCUGCGCGGCGGUGACCUCGUGUUUCCUUGUCCCGAGCAGCCGAAGGUGGCGUUCCGGGGAGGUGCGAACCGGUGCUGGAACCUCAGCGUGGACACCACCAGUCGGCUGUCCGACGUGUUCAACAGCAUGAUGCUGACGGGCUCCACGUCCUUCUACGACUGCUACAAACCCCAGAAUGAAGACAAUGUAGACCUAAGACAGACCUGCACUCCACUCUCUUCAUCAACAGAGUACGCAAGCUCUAUAGACUCCUCACUCUUCUACGCACCGUGGUCUACUUACGGAGAUGAUAUUAAACAACCUUCUAGUUCUCAGAUCAGUGUAAAGAACAGGAUUCAGACCGAAAGAAAUGACUAUGGCAGUGAAGCAGACUUAUAUGGACUUGUGUCUAACAUUUUGGAAGAACAGGAUAAGUCACAGCCAUAUUUUGCUGAAGGACCAAUUAAAACCCGCAGUGGACCAGCUAGUGAACUUCAUAUUCGUCUAGAAGAGUGCUAUGAACAAUGGAGAGCAUUGGAAAAAGAGAGGAAAAAGACUGAAUUAGCCCUUGCCAAGAAUUAUCCAGGAAAAAAAGUAUCCAGUACUAAUAAUACUCCAAUUCCAAGAUUGACUUCCAACCCAUCUAGAGUUGAUCGCUUAAUUGUGGAUGAACUUCGAGAACAAGCCAGAGUUGUGACUUUACUAGGCAAAAUGGAACGUCUUCGAAGCUCUCCCCUUCAUGCUAAUAUCUCUACUGCACUGGAUAGACACUUGGAGUCAAUUCACAUUGUACAGUCACGAAGAAAGGAUGAAAUUGUUAAUGCUUCAAAUCGACAAAGACAAGGAGUGCCUAGGUGCCAAGAUGACAGAGAUGUUUUUGCUCUUGCUACAGCAAUUAAAGAGAUGUGUGUAGCUACCCGGAAAGCACGCACUACCCUGUGGUGUGCACUGCAGAUGACCUUGCCAAAAACAGCAAGUACAUCGGGCCAAGCUGACAUGGAAAAAGCCUUCCAAGAUCUAGUAAACUGUGAAGAUAAAGUCCAUGAAAGCAUAAAUAGUAGCAAUCCAAUGAACCAGAGAGGUGAAACAAAUAAACAUUAAGGAAAUGCCAGCAGAAGGAAGAGUUAAAAAGCUGAUAAGUAAAUGUAUCAAGAUGUGCUAAAAUUUUUAAUGAACUUGUCAAACUUUCAGUACAUUAAUUUUCUUUCAGAUUUAAAGUUAAUACUUCAAUGAAGUCUAACUUCUAUUUAAAAAAAAAUCUGCUUGGAAUGAAUCAGAUACAGUUUAAAGUGAACUCAAAGGUAAAGUUGAUUACUCCAGGAGUUCUGAGUAGUCAAAGAUAGCAAGUUUAUUUAAUUAACUAUCCUCUUACAGCCAAAAAUUGCUUAAAUCCAUUCUUCAGUGCAGGUACAUGCAAAUGUGAAAUUCUUCUAGGAGAUAAGUUUCAUUUAGUUCUGCCUCAGUAAGUAUAAUUCCAAAUAAUGAGUCUAAGUGACUGUAACCCAAUUAUGGCUACAGUUUAGUAACCAAGACAAGUUUUGAUUGUGAUUUAAAGUAUUUUCCUUAUGAAACUGGAUAAUACCUAGGAAACAAGGAAAACAAGGAUAAACCCAAUAUUCAUGUAAAAUUUAAUAUUUAAAAUACUACCAUAUUUAUAAAUUUGAAAUCUUAGUGCCUAAGUAUAUGGAGGGAAAUGCAUCUGAUUCUCCUAGAUUAGUGAUAAAAGUGCCAGUGUGAAAACCAUGCAAGUUACUGAAUAUAAAACCUGUUCAAAUCAUUAGUGUAUAUUCUUUAAAUUUUAAUUAUACUAUCAAUUAUUAAAUAUUUCCAAUUUCAAAGUAUUUAAUUGAAUCAAAAUAAAACAUUCCUUUAUCUGGAUCUUUUAGACUCGAUGCCUAGUAACUAAAAUAAUGACUCUUGUUUUAAUACCCUUAGUUUGCUGUCUUUGAUGAGGGUAUCACGAAGUUCUAAAAUGUAUUUUUUAGGUUAAUCUUUAACUAGUUUAGUUUUGCCAAUUAGUUAGUGUAUAUUUUGUGUAGUUAUGUUCAUUUGUUUGCUUCUGUAUUUUUUAAAAAGAACACUUGAAAGCUUGGCUUUUUCUGUUUAUCAUCACUUAAUAUCUUUGUAUUAGAACCCGAAUAAUUUAUUCAUUAAUAUGAAAUGUUGAUAUUAUGUGACUCAGAAGAUCUUGGGUUUUAAAGUUUCUAGCAUGAGUUAAACUAUAAUAUAAUGUACUGAUGAAAUUUAAUUGAAAUAUCCUUGACUAGAAACACUGAUGUUUUUAAUGUUAGUGUUUUUUCUUAGCUUUAGAAAUCCUGGUAUAUAUAUAAAAAGAGAGUGUAAUCACACCAAAUAAAUUUUCUUUAGAUGAUGUUCGGAAGAAACUGAUUGAGAAUGCAGGAGUAACUGUUGGGAGAAACAUUUUGAUCACUGAUAUGCUUAGAACUACCAAAUGAAUUACACUGAGGGUAGUGAAAUAAACUAGACCACUCCACCACAGUCACUGCAUAGAAAGUGGUUAAGGUUGACAUAACACAUGUUGAAUGUUAUGAAAACAAAUAU